ACCAAACCUACUUGAUUGAGGAAUGAAAUUUAUCCCUAAAACUACAGGUGCCGCACGACUUGAUAAAAGUCGAAACUUACCAAGAUCGCUAGGAAAUCACCAUGAUGAACAUAGCUCACGGAUUCGUAAGAGGCGGUCUGCAUUCGCUAGAAGCCGUUUGCAAGGCAGUCUGCAACUUCUUGUGGCAGCCGGCCGCCGUCGCCAGAGCUGCUUCUCUUGAAGGGCAGAUUAUUUCUCAGCCACAAAAUCUUCUUCCCGCAAAACCAGGUAAAUUCGAGAGUGUAUUCUUCCUCCUAGAUUGGAUAACCGGAGGCGGCCGCCGAGGCGGUGGCGCCGAUCAGGAGGUAGCCAAGGGGAAAGCAGUCGAAGCAAAGCCUCAUCAUCCGGACGAUUUCCAUGUGUGUGGUCCUCGCAAUGUGUCACGCCCCAAUUGGAGAGACCUGAUCAGAUCAAGUUGGAACGACGGCAAGUACAAAAGAACUGUGAUUGCAUGCUUCACACAAGCAAUCUACUUGCUCGAGAUGGACAGACAAGACAAGAGAGAUGCAGCUGCUGCUCUUGCUCCAAAGUGGUGGAAGCCCUUCAAGUAUAAACUGACCCGAACUCUUGUUGACGAAAGAGAUGGAUCCAUUUUUGGUGCAAUUCUAGAAUGGGAUCAAUCUGCAGCACUUGGUGAUUUUGUUGUCAUGAGACCAAGCGGCGCAUCAAGAGCGGUUUUAGCUCUUAGAGGCACAUUGCUGAAGUUCCCGACGAUUAGAAGGGACAUCGAGGAUGACCUUCGGUACGUUGCUUGGGAGAGCUUGAAGGGUUCUGUUAGGUUUGGAGUUGCUUUGGAGGCUUUGAAAUCAGUGGCCGAAAAGUAUGGAAGUGACAAUGUGUGCAUUGCUGGCCAUUCAUUAGGAGCUGGUUUUGCUCUCCAAGUGGGAAAAGCAUUAGCUAAACGAGGGAUGUAUGUAGAGACUCAUUUGUUCAAUCCGCCUUCGGUUUCGCUAGCAAUGACCUUGAGGAAUAUUAGAGAGAAAGCAGGAUUUGUUUGGAAAAGGUUUAUGCCAAUGCUUCAUUUGACGACUGAUCAAAGUCAUGUUAAGCACAGUGAAGUAAUAGUUAGGGAUAAUGAGUGGACUAGUGGUUUUGGAUUGAAGAACUGGAUACCAAAAUUUUCGAGAUUGAAGAAUCGCGGUGUAGGUUUGGUAAAAUGGUUGCCUCAUUUGUAUGUGAAUAAAAGUGACUACAUCUGUUGCUUUUAUGCUGACGUGGACGACGGAAGAGAAGGAAACAAUGCUGGCGAAAAGGAGAAUGAGUGUCGGAAUUUAACAAAUGGACAAGUAGCUGCGAAGCUGUUUGUGAUGUCGAAGCCAAAUCAAAGGUUUCUAGAGGCACAUGGGUUGCAGCAAUGGUGGUCUGAUGAUUUGCAACUCCAGCUGGCUCUUAAUAACAGUAAGCUUAUCAGCAGGCAGCUGAGAUCCUUGCAUAGCCUUCCACGUCCUCAACUAACACUUGCUAGAUAACAAGGGCGGCUUGUUUUCAUUGUUUGAUUAAUAAAUUGUUCUUAUAAUAUUAAUUCAUAAUGUCUUCUGCAUUUGCUUAGAAUAAAAUAAAAUAAGGUCCAUCAUGAGAAGCUGUUUGUUAUCUUCAUGCUCUUCUCGGCUGCUAGGUACUCUCAAGAAGCAGCCUACAAGAUUAAGCUCCAAUGGAGAAAACAGAGCAAGAAGCUCUGCAAUUCAAGGCUUUGUGGGUAAAUGUUGGAAUGGUUCAGACCACUAUUCGAGUAUUGUUACUUUUACUUUUUUAACCCACCAGCCUGUACUGACUCUGUUCUAUUCUCCGAAAUGCCAAGGUGACGAGCUUUCUGUUCCUUUUUCAUCUUGUACUAUUGGACUA